AUGCGCGGCUUGGUCUCGGUUGCCAAGGACCAAGGCGACGGCUGGUCGAGUGAGAGCAGUAGCGCGAGCGAGCUGACAGCGACAACGACAACGAUAGCAUCGUCAGUCCUUGACUCGAGCGGCUACGGCGGUGGUUCGACGGCUGAGGAGGUCUCGUCGUCGGGCGAGGAGGACAGCUGCAGGAGCGCGGGCUGGGCGCAGCCGACGCUCGACGUCACGGCUUGGCUCCGUAAGCCAAACGUGCGGACGGUGGCAUCGUGCUUUCGCAAGGCCAGCUCAUACCGGGUCCUGCUCUAUGCAAGCGAACUCGCGUUUGUGAUAGGCGGCGUGGUGUUUGAGGCUGCCAACACGUUCCGCAUCGACCGGGUGGCCCCAAACCAGGUCCGAGUUGUCCUCUUGCCAGGGCUCACACCAUCGUCGAAAGCCAAGAGUCUUGUCAGUACGCGGUUGUCGUCGACCUUUGAGUUUGUGGUGCCUGCGGCGUGGGACGGGCGGCCGAUCCACUAUCUCACUCUCCACUUGACCGGGCCGGACGUGGCGACGCGUGUGUAUCAGCUGCUGUGGUCGAUGCAGUUUGAUACCCGCGAGAAGCGGGGCUUGCUCUCGGUUCCGCUUGCCAUCCACUGUGUGAGUUGGAAUAUGGGCAACGCGGCGCCAUCGGUCGGGCGCGGGGCGGUCGGCCCUUUGCGCGGCAGCUCGUCCGAGAGCAGCAGCGACGGGUCGGACCUUGCGCUGAUGCUGCCGCACGAUCUGGACGCAGACCUGGUGGUGGUAUCGGUGCAAGAGUGUGCGUUUGCGCUCCGCGACGCCCACGGUGAUAAGAUCCGAGCGCGGACUCGUGAUGCGUGGUACGACACACUCGGCACGCAUCUUGGGCCGAGCUACCAGAUUGUAGUGGCCAAGUCGCUGUGGGACAUUCGGCUGGUGGUGGCGGUUCGGACAGCGCACCUCAACAAGGUCUCGCACGUGCAGGUGGCCAAGGAGGCAACUGGCUUUGCGCAUGUUGGAGGCAACAAGGGUGUGGUUUGCGCAUAUCUGCGAUUCCUGGACACGCGGCUCGUCUUUGUCGCUGCCCACUUUGCGGCCGGUCAGGACAAGGUCAAGGUGCGGAACAGCAACUUUGUGGAGGCUGUUAGUGGGAUCAAGGGAGAGAUCGGUGGGUGCAAAGCCGAGCGGCGGCUGGAGUUGGGAUCCAAGGCGCACCACACGUUCUGGCUGGGCGAUUUUAACUACCGCAUCGACGCCAAGCGCAAGGAAGUUGAGGCGCUGGUGGCGGCGCGCAAGUGGCGAGCGCUGGUCAAGCGCGAUCAGCUCACCCACGAGAUUGCGCGCGGGCGUGUGUUUGCUCGGGCACGUGAGGGAAAGCUUGCUUUUCCACCGACCUACCGGUACCUUCGCGGUACAUCGGACUUUACCACUCACGGCAAGCCGCCACGGAUCCCGUCGUGGACGGACCGUGUGCUCUUUGUCUCACAGCCUCAUCUCGUGGGCGCGGUCCACAUCGAAGCGUACGACUCGAUUCCGGACGUUGCAACGUCCGAUCACAAGCCGGUGAUCGCUGCAUUUGCAGUCAACGUUCGCAUUCCGUACCUUCCUGUGACAACUUGGCUGGAGCCGCUCGGGCGGCACACGCUUUUGGUGGGUGGCCUGGUUCUCGACGACAAUGCUGUGCAGACUGAGUCGAGCUCGUCCGGCGAGCUGCGUUCGCUGUCGUCGUUUCGGGUCUGGGCCCCGUUUGUCGACUCUGACGCUGCCAGCCGGGUCCAUGAUGGCAAGCACACGGCAAGGGUUCAGCUCGCGGCCAUCGAUCAUGAGGAGCUGCAGGCCGAGGUCGUGGUCGUCACGGUUGCGUCGGUUGGCGAUGCCGUGGUCCCGCUCCGCAAAGUCAUGGCGGCAUCGUCGGGCCGAACCUCGUUUGAGGCUGCUGUCGAGCGAAACGGUGUUCACGUUGCCCAGCUCCGCGGCAUUCUUGCGCUGGUGUGGGAAGACUCAGACUCGGGCACAGCCGCCUUUAGCGACGAUGGUUCAUGGUCCGAUGGCGAAGACGAGAGCAGCGGGCAUGCGCUCGAGGACUUUGCAUCGUCAAGAAAGGCGGCGGUGGUGGCGCAUGCGUCGGUGGGCAAGCGGCGGUGGGUGCCCAAGAUGACGACUCGACCACCGGGUGCCUUCACUGUUGUCUCGUACAACAUUCUUGCUGAUUGCUACAUCUCAGAGGGACAGUACCCUUACUGUCCGCCGGCCCUCAAGGGCAUCAACGCCCGUCAUCACCAGAUUAUGGCCGAACUCGAGGCGCUCGACGGUGACGUGGUGUGCCUGCAAGAGGUGGAGACCGAGUACUUUGACGUGGCGCUCGCGCCGGCGAUGGAAGAGCUGGGGUAUGCUGGGCGGGCGCUGCGCAAGACUGGAGAUGUGGCAGAGGGGCUGGCGUUCUUCUACAAGACCUCACUGUUCGAGGUGGUGGAGGAGCGCGAGAUCUCGCUCAACGAGCUCGCGGCCGAGGCGUGUGCGGCGAUAGAUGUCGACCCAGCCAAGGCACGGGUCCUCACCGAUAACGUGGCAUUGGCCAUGUUUGUGAAGGACAAGGCGCGGGGGCUCCCUUUCUGUGUCACGGUUGUGCACGGGUACUGGAAUUGGAUGCAGUGCGAUGUGCAGACGUUCCACAUGGCACUCCUGCUGCAAAAGCUGGCGGUGCUCACCGAGGAGCGUGAGACGCCGCUGAUACUCUGUGGCGACUUUAACCUGCUGCCGACCUCACCGGGCUACGUCCUCCUCGCUACUGGUGAAAUCGAAGACGAAGUCCACGGCGAGGCGCUGGUGAGCGUGAAUCCGGUGUUUGUCGGCUCCGAGCGUGGCAUGGGCGAGGACAAUCCAUACCAAAUGCUCUUCCGCCUUGCCCGCGACUAUUUCACUCAUCCGAUCGCCGACCUGCAGUCGGCGUAUGCCACUGUUGUCCGCGGUGAACCGGUGACAACCAACUACACCAACACCUUUUCGGGCACGCUCGACUACCUGUGGUAUCAGUCGUCGCGGAUCCGAGCCGAGCGGGUUCGUGCCGUCCCGCUUCCCGACGAGCUUGGUGAGGGAUGCCCCAACGCCGAGUACCCGUCGGACCACCUGGCGAUUCAGGCCAUGUUCACCCUCCUUCCGCCGCGGUAA